AUGGCAACGAAUAUGUGGGAUGAAGUCAUAGUAAUCAAGUUCAUGGAGGCCCUCGAUGCUCGUGCCUAUCACGUUAUUAGUGAUAAUCCAUUUGACGAGAAAAAUACCGAGAAUUUGAUGCGAGCAUUAGAUGAAAGUCGCACUUUUCUAUUGAAUUUCCGGAAGCAGUGUAUUGGAGAUUUUUUAAAUAGUUUUAAGUUGGAUGAGAUUUCUAGUAAAUUCAAAGAACUGGAUGAAGCUUUGAUUCAAGCUCAAACAGAAAUUUUACCUUAUAUGGAUGCGGUUAAAGAUCUUAAACCGAAUCCCGGAAACCACAAUCAAAAACCUAAACCACAAUUACCAACAUCAAAUCCAACAGAAUUAUCCCCUCAGAGUCGGACAUGCCACGAUAAUUUGGUACUUGGGGAAAAAUAUUACAUAUGCAAGACGUGCGCUACUCGUGAUGAUUCUGUUCUCUGCUAUCGUUGCUAUAAUGGAACAAAUCAUAUUGGGCAUGACAUUAUCUAUACAAUUAUGAAUUCUAACGAGAUCGUGAAGUGUAAUUGCGAUAAUAUAAAUUAUUGGAAGUUUCAACUCAAUUGCAAGUAUCACCCAUCGGAUACACAAAUAGGUGGACCUUCCUAUUGUGGAAAGAAAAUCGCUGUUGGAGAAGUAUAUUAUCAUUGCAGUACUUGUUUUAUUCGCUCUGAUAAUGUCAUUUGUGAUCGUUGCUUCGCUGGAUCAAAUCACGUUGGACAUGAUGUUAGCAAAAUCGAGAAUUCCUGGCCGAGCGCAUGGUGUGACUGCGGUGACUAUUCCAUUAAUUGCAAAUAUCAUCCUCCUACUGGAACUAUUUGA